UUUAGUACCUGUAAAAUGUAAACAUUUGUACAUAACCUAUAUGUUAUAUUAAAUCUGGAGAGUUAAAUAUUUAUCUUCUCUAAAUUAAGGUCUGUCUACUGAAAAAUGAAUAUAAAUAUAAAUUUAUUAGAUGAUCAUCUUUUGUUAAUUUUAAACCUUGCUGCUGCGGUUACUGUUGUUACAACCGCAGUAAUCUAUAAAAAAGUAACGAAAAAAGUUAUGAAAAGGAAACCUGUGCGGAAAUGGUUAAGUCGCAGAACAGUUCUUGGACCAGGAGUUUUACAAAUGUUAAACGAUGAACUCGCUGUAGAAGAUUUACUUGAGGAUGAAUAAAGAACAAUUUAAUAAUUUAUUAAGUAUGUUGAAAAAAGACAUUGAAAAGACAGAUACAUUCAUGCAAGAAACAAUUUCUGCAAAGACCAGGCUGGAAAUAACUUUACGAUUCUUAGCAACAGGGGAGUCAUAUAGAUCCUUAAUGUAUUCUACACGAGUGCAUGAAAGUAGCAUAUCUAGAUUUAUACCUGAAGUAGCUCAAGCAAUAUAUAAACAUCUUCACAUAAAGUAUGUUAAGACACCAGAUACCGUGGGAGAAUGGUUGACGAUUGCAGAAGAGUUUGAUAACCUAUGGCAAUUUCCAAAUUGCUUAGGUGCUCUAGAUGGCCGUCAUAUUAAAUUUACUCCUCCUAGGUCCGAUGGGUCAUAUUUCUUCAAUUAUAAAGGGGACCACAGCAUCGUACUAUUAGCCUUAGCCGAUGCUCGGUAUAAAUUUUCAUACAUUAAUGUUGGUUGUAAUGGCCGUGUAAGCGAUGGAGGAGUGUUCAAAGAUUCUGCAUUAGCAACAGCAAUGUCCACAAACCGUCUCAAUUUUCCACCUGCAACAGCAUUACCAGGAAGAAUACGACCAGUACCAUAUGUAAUUGUUGCAGACGACGCGUUCCCACUCAAAGAUGCAAUUAUGAAACUAUAUCCAUUUAGGGGUUUAUCUCAUGACGAACGAAUAUUCAAUUACCGGUUGUCUAGAGCUCGGAGGAUUAUUGAAAAUGCCUUUGGCAUCUUAGCUAAUAGAUUUAGAGUUUUGCUUAAUCCUAUACAUCUUCGAGUCACCAAAGUUGAAACAAUUACUCUUGCAUGUGUGGCCCUACAUAAUUAUCUGGCUACAGAAAAUGGAAAUUUAUACACCGACUUGAAUGAAAAUGAUUGUACUAAAGAAGACAUAAAUAAAAUCAGUAGACAAGGUGGUAAUAAAUCGACUCAGAAUGCAAGGGACAUUCGGGAAGAAUUUAAACAGUACUUUUGUUCAAAUAUUGGAAGCGUUGAGUGGCAAGAAAGAGCUGUGAAUAACUAUAACAUGUAACUGAUCUUGAUUUCAAAUGGAGGUUGUAAUAAACAUUGUUGUGGAAUUUAUUUUUAUUAGUCAUUAUCAUUAUAAAUGAGAUAUUUCUUAAUUGAGUCCUAGUCUCUAGUUGCAUUGAAUAGAAGUUGCACAAUUU